AUGAGGAUGCCUUCCGAAAAAAACCGCCUCCCAUCCCUCUACUCCGACUUCACGCUCCAAAAACGAACAAACCCCGACGGCUACGCCGUCAAUAUCGCCGCGUGGGAACAAGCGCUCAACCACGCCGCGAGACGCGGAUACACUUCUUCGCGCGGUGUGCGCGUGCGCUCCGGGUCGUUAUCCUUGCCGCCAUCGACGUCCACGGCUAAGCAAAAGACGGGGACUAAUGGCCCACCGCUGCGGAAGAAGACGGAUCAUCUCGUUCUGAGGACGGAUGAGUCGCUGCUGAGGGAUUUGGAGAGUUCGGAGUGGGGGAGGCCUGUAGCGCUGGGGGCUGUGUUUGAUGAGGCAUUGCGCAAACAUACCAUGGUCGCAUUACCGGCCUAUAGAGCCAGCGCCGGCAGUCUGCAGAAGAAUCAAUGGCGGGUCAUUGAUCCCGGGGCAUUUAGUCCGUGGAAUGUGAUGAGUUGGGGGAUGCGACACUUAAAAGGGUUCGUGGUGGGAUCUGACGAGUCUGCACCAAGGCUGCAGGUGCAGGAGUUGGUCUUGGUUGAGAACCUACGAGAAACGGCAGAUCUGGUUGUAAAGAAGGCCACGCGGGGCAAUGCAUCCAAGCUGGACCUUAUAUACUCCAAGGAAAGCUUUGUGGAAGAGUACGCUACGGUGCUGAACGAUGCGACGGAGCUGUCGGAUGAAGAUUUUGAUGUGUUAUUGCUCUAUCUUUCGCGGGACUCUGAGGCCAUUGCAUAUGAUGGAAAGACCAUCAAGUUCAAGUCUUCUAGUGAUGAAACUCCCGCUAUCACGCAGCAGGACACCACUAUCGCCUCCAUCAAGACCCUCAUCUCGACCAUGUCAAAACAAGUCACGAAUCUGGAGGCAAAAAUCGAAGAGCUGAACCUGUCCGCGAAGACGGCGCUGACCAACAAGAACCGCAUUUCCGCGCUUUCAGCUGUGCGCUCUAAGAAGUUGGCCGAGCGCAACCUGCAACAGAGACUUGAUACCCUUGUCCAAUUGGAGCAGAUCUAUUCGAAUAUCGAGCAGGCUGCAGGACAGGUGGAGCUUGUUCAGGUGAUGGAGGCGAGCACCGGCGUUCUCCGCGGACUGCAUGCACAGGUUGGUGGCGCAGAGAGGGUCGAAGAUGUGCUCGAGGAGUUGCGUGAGGAAAUGACCAAGGUGGACGAGGUCGGAAGUAUCAUGAAUGAAGCCGGGCCGGUCAUCGAUGAGGGCGAGAUUGAUGAUGAGCUCGAGGCGCUGGAGCAGGCCGAGCGCGAGACAAAGGAGAAAGAAGAGGCGACACAGACACGGCAGAAGCUCGCCGAAUUGGACAGGCUCAAGCAAACCUCUGAUGAGGCAGCUCGCAAGAAGUUGGCUGAGCAAAACGUGGAUGCCGUGCUGGCAGAGAACAUUGACAAGAUCUCCGACAUGUCGGUCGAAGAUCGUCAGAUGCCAGCGAAAUAG